AUAUCGUUGUUUUUUGUUUUUGAUUUUACUAAUUGCAGCCGGUUGAAUUUAAAUAGAGAUAUUAUGUCUGGACCGGAUGUGUUGAAAGGCCCUCCCAAAGCUCCUGUAAGUAAUUAAAUAUAAAUACUGGCUAAUUUUUACACAGAAAAGAUAUCUAUAUAUGGUUAAGGCAACUCUCACUGACUCAUUCGCUCUAUAGCCUCUCAUUGGUCCUUUGAGCCAUGCUCAUUCCCAUUUUUUUACUUUUCUGUUCUUUAUUUUCUUCAUCGAGAAAUCUUAAAAUCGCAAUAGUAGGAAAUGAUACACUUUCAAGUACAUUAUUGAAGAAGCAUUUGAUGGAGAUUGGCGAAGAAUCAGUGGAUCUAUUCGAUUGCGAUGCAAACAGUUUAACUUCAACUUCAGUUCUCAUCGAUUUACGGCUUGAAAACAGAGUAAAUCAAACAAUAGCAUCCCAUCGCAAUCUUCAAUUAUACAUACGCAUAUCGAAGGAUAUUAUCUACGAAAGCAGUGACAGAAAGAGCGUAAAGAGAUGGAAAGAAACGGAUUUAUCUAUCCUCCUUCCAUCUAGUGGAUUCUCAGAUAAUGCAAGAAAAAUACUAAGCAUCGAAAAUUCCCUUGUGAUUCAGAGAAUGAAUGGCGGCAUUCCAUUCGUCCUUUUUAGGGUUCCAGACGUUAUUAGCUCUGAUAAUAAACAGUUGUGGGCCUAUCUUUUGUGGCUCAGAUCGAACAAAGUGAAGCCUGUUACAGUUUCGAAUUCGUGGUUUACCUUCAGUCUAAUCUAUUCAAAAGAUAUUGCAAAGAGCAUCGCUCAAAUAUUAGAUUUGGGAACUUUUAUUAGAGACCAAGCCAUAAACUUAGCUUACAAGCGCUCUUUCAAUUUGCAUAGUAUUCUCAUCGACAUGACUAAGAUCCUAAGGAGAAAAGUAGAUAUACAUAUAGAUGAUAGAGUGACUAAUUUUCUACCGACUAGUAGAAUAGGAACCUUAGAUGUGUGGAAAAUGAAUAGUUUACUAGAUAUCGAAUGCACAGAAUGGAAUACUGCCCUAAGAAUGACUUUAAAUGAAAUGGAAAGUCUAAUGGGUGUUUCAUCACCUGAAAGGGAUAGAGCAAUACAUUUUUCUCUGACAAACAUAUUUGCAGGAUUAGAAGAGAGAUUCUUAGAAGAGAUCGAAACGUAUUAUGCCAUAAAUUUGAACAAGUUUAGACAUUCAUUAAGAUUUAAAACUGAGUUAUAA